UGAACGCAUUUCUUUGGCUCCUGACUUUCUGCUAUAUGAAUGCUCUAAGGUGCUGUCUGCUGCCUGGGUUGUGCAUAGCCUCGUGAAGCCGACGACGUUCGCAGGAAGCCCCUGAAGCUUCUCCGACUUAAUCCGCCAGCAUUGAAACUCCCUACCACAAAUACAGCUGCCAUGGCCGACAAGGCUGAACCUCGACCGCCUGGGAGCGGCACCUUAUUGCUGAUUCUGAUACAAGUCGCGUCACGGGCACUCACAUUCAUCGGCAAUCAAUUCCUGCUCCGCUUCCUGUCGCCAUCGCUGCUCGGCAUCGCAGUGCAACUGGAGCUAGUGUCAGUCACGAGUCUUUACUUUGCCAGGGAGAGCCUACGAGUUGCGCUACAACGACAGCCACCGGCCCCUGAAGAUGGGAAGCCGAACCCCCCGGGUCCCACUGGAAAGGACGGUCCAGGAAAGGCCACGCAGACAGUUAUCAACCUGUCGUAUCUUGCUGUCCUGCUUGGCUUCGGCGUCUCCACUGCUUUUGGAUACUCAUAUGUCCGGAGCGCGCCCAACGAAGUUGUCGACAGUCCAUAUUUCGACACAUCCUUCCAGAUCUACGCCGUAGCCACGCUGAUUGAGCUCCUCGCCGAGCCGUCCUUCGUGGUCAUUCAGCAAAAAGCACUAUACGCCGAUCGAGCACGCGCAGAGACCAGCGCUGCCAUGGCCCGCUGCUCUUCAGCCUGCAUCGUCGCCGUCUUAUGUCACAGAAGAGAUCUUGCGCCCUCGAUCCUACCUUUUGCCGUCGGACAAGCAGCCUAUGCUCUGGUCCUGUUCGCACUGUACUUGGCCCCGGUGGUACGCCUGUCGAAACACGAAAACUUCGGCCUGACGCCACGAAAAGUGGAAGGCACGCCUGCCGGGAACGGUGCUGGCGGAACAUACUAUUCAGAUUUCUUCCAUCGAGCGAUCCUCUCCCUGGCUGCGACGAUGUACAUGCAAUCGAUAUUCAAGUUACUCCUCACCCAAGGCGACGCAUUGAUCCUGUCAUUCCUCUCCUCGCUAGCAGACCAGGGCGCAUUCGCUCUGGCCUCGAACUACGGCGGUCUUCUGGCGCGAUUAGUCUUCCAACCCGUCGAGGAGAGCAGCAGGAACACAUUCGGUCGGCUCCUGUCUGUGCCUGCCACUACGGAGGACAGUCCAAAGUCCGGAAAUACUGCGACUUCGCAGGACAAUGUUCGUCAGGCUCUACACUACCUGGCCAAUACGCUGCAUUUCUACCUUCUUAUGGCUCUUCCGCUAGUCAGCAUCGCGCCGUAUAUCUUGCCUCUUGUUGUCAAGCACAUCAUUGGUGCGGGCUGGUACACUUCGUCUACCGCCUCGCUGUUGGCCACAUACUGCUACUACAUUCCGCUAAUGGCAGUGAAUGGCAUUCUCGACGCGUUCGUCACGUCUGUGGCUACGCCGGCACAACUUCGCGCCCAAUCCGGCUGGAUGCUGCUUUUCACUGCGAUCUACGGGGUCGGGGCAUGGGCAAUGCUGAAGAAAUUCGAGCUCGGGGCUGUAGGGUUGGUGGGAGCUAAUAUGGUCAACAUGGCGUUGCGGAUCCUCUGGAGUCUCGACUUUCUGCGAAGGUGGGUGCUCGAACACGAUAAAGCUGGAACAGGCCUGUCAAGGCAGGUUGCGACAGAGGCGCUGCCUGCAUCUACCUCUGUUAUUGUUACCGGGCUGGUCGUCCUUGCAUCAAGACUGCAGAAUCUCGGCGGACCUACGCACGACAGUGGCGACCUCAAUCGUCAGUUCCUGGGCUUUCAGACAGCGAGUAUCGUUCUAUUGGGGUCAACAAUUCUUUUUGCCGAGCGAGAUUUUCUCAUCCAGAUGCUCGAAGCUAUUGUCCCACAACGCCUUGCUGCGCACAUCCCAGGACUGAACAAACGCCGUCAGAUGCAUACUUCAUCAAGCUCUACCGCGAACCAAGUCAUCCCCAGUACUUGAACAUAUCAGUCAUCAAAAGUGAUUUUGGUCGCGGUCUUGCCAUCCUCCGCUUCUCUGUAAAAAGCGCCAUACGAGUCAUGUUGCUUCUUCUUGACAGUCGUACCAAACUUGAACAGAUCUUCAGGGACAUCCUGCUUCGCUGCCUUCAGGACGUUGAUCAAGGCUCCAGCAAGCGGUUUAUCCUGCUCGGUGAAAAGUGUAAUGGCCAACCCGUCCUUGCCUGCACGACCGGUACGCCCAAUGCGGUG